ACAUUGUCCUCUUUUCUGUCUGGGCCAGCUUACUUUCGCUGUCAGAAAACAAGCCGCGCAGCAUUCCUCCUGCUUCUGCUCCCGUUAUUGCAUCAUGAGCUCUGCUAGUCGGUUGUCGGAGCUGGCCUCCAUCAUCAGUGAGAACACAAAGAAACUCGAGGAGUAUCUGGCUUCCAUAAACCAUCCGUUGCCAUCUCUUGAUCCAGGAGCACCAUUGGCAUUGAUGCUUCCUGAGGAAAUCACGGUAUACCAGGAAACUGCUCUUGAUGCUGCCACCGAACUGCGAGCUCUGCUUCUGGGACCCAUUGGUAUCUUGCAGUACCAAGCAGAGCAUAAUCUGCUGAUCGGUCUUCAAGCUAUCAAUAAAUUCAAACUCUAUGAUUUUCCUCCUGGAGAGGAGCGCACAUUUGCGCAGCUUGCUGACCAAAGUGGUGUGGAUGAGGAUUUUGUACGACGUAUGAUCAGACAGGCGAAAACGAGUUACAUCUUCAAGGAGCCUAAGCCGGGUGUCGUCGCGCACUCCGCAGCUUCAAGUGCGAUUGGAAUGGUGCCUCUGCUGAGCCAAUGGCUGGGUAUGGUCUCUGAAGAGCUCUACCCGGCAGCAUCAAGAAGCAUAGAUGCGCAGAUCAAAUGGCCAGGCUCUCAGGAGCCAAACCAGACAGGUUUCAAUAUCGCCCAUAAUACGGACGAGCCGACCUACAAGGCCAUCUCCGCAGACCCUCGUCGUGCCCAGCAGUUCGCUGAUGCCAUGACUUUGUUCCAACACAGCCCAGGAAUGGAGCCAAGCUACUUCGUGAACAACUACGAUUGGAGCGGCGUCUCAAAAGUCGUCGACAUCGGCGGCUCGCACGGCAUUGUAAUGCAGGAGCUAGCCAGCAAAGUUCCAACCAUCGAAUGUGUCGUGCAAGACGUUGCCAAGGUGGUAGAAGAAGGCAAAACGCAGGUUCCCAAGGAAAUUUCGGAUCGUGUAGUGUUCAUGGAGCAUGACUUCUUCACGCCGCAGCCCGUCAAGGGCGCAGAUGUUUAUUUCUUGCGCUGGAUCUUCCAUAAUUGGUCGGAUAAGUAUUGUAUUGAUAUCUUGCGUAAUCUGGUUCCGGCACUCCAAAAAGGGGCUCGGAUUAUUGUUAAUGAGUUUUGUGUUCCUCCGCCGGGAGUCUUGACCCCGUUCCAAGAGAAACCAUUGAGAUCAUUUGACUUGGUUAUGCUGGAGUUGUUCAAUGCCAAGGAGAGAGGGGGUGAGGAGUGGGCUGCGCUAUUCCAUGCUGCAGAUGAGCACUUUGUGUUCAAAGGCGUGCAGUUCCCCAAGGGGUCAAAACUGGCUAUCAUCGAGGCUUGUUGGGAGGGUGAGGACUCUUCGUGAGUUGAAGUGCUAUCCGCGCAGGACUUUAGACUAUU